AUGGGCAUACAAGCGGAUGACCUGUCCGAACUAAUCACCGUUGACCAAGAUUACCUAGACCGAGUGACCACUCGCCGUUCUAUUAUUGCCAACUACAAGAACACGGUGCAUGGCUGUCUUCCAGGUGGUGAGGCCGCCGUGAAGGAACUUUAUUCAUACCUUCUCGAACAUCACCUACCAACUCGUUUUCCGUCCAUGUUCAAAACCACCGGAAAGGGCUCCUUUCAGAACACGGUCACCGGUGCAACAUUUCCACUAAGCCACCCUUCUGACCCUGAACUUUGCUUGCGGACGCUUGCAGAAACGGUCGAGGAAGACAUAUUCCUCUUAAAGGAGACGGACACUACGCACGUCUGCUUGGCUUUUGCAUGUUGCUUCCCCACCGGUUUCGAUCCAUCAACUAAAUUAGGCCAAGAUUUGAAAGGGAUUCAUGAUCCGGUUCCAUCAUAUGACAAGAUUGGACCGAGCAUGGAGCGAUUUUUCCGAAAGCUGCAAGUAGGCAAGAGUGUCAAGCGCAUGAACUGGGUGGUUCAAACACAUGGAGACCUCAUCAACACUUCAGGAAACCACAUCAAAGACGGUGAUGACUUCGUUGCAGACGAAGAAGCUCAUUUGCGUAUCGAGCUUCAGACACUCACGCGACUUCCCCAAACGCGAUUCGUCCUGUUUUGCUUCAAGACCUACCUCUAUCCGCUAAAGGAUGUCAAAGAGGAGGGUUCGGGACCGGCCCUUGCAGAUGCCAUCGAAGGAUUGAAGACAGGAAAUGCCCCCGGCAUGUUCAAGUACAAAAGUGCGGUUCGCUGGGGCAAGAGUGUUGCGGAAUAUCUCCGAGCGUAG